AUGUCAUCACAAAAAUUUUCAAAACUUGAAAAACUACAUCAGUUUGCCGCGAAAGGAGGGAUUGGAACAUGCGUUGCCAUCGAGGAUACGUUAGCUAAUUCUCAAAUCGACUUAAUGUUUUAUACUGGCGAAGUUAUUACUGUCCUGAAACAAAUUGAUGAUGAUAUUUAUCUUGGAUUUUGUGAGGGUGUGAUAGGUCGUUUUAGAGGAAAAUCUGUUUCGUUCAAUGGUCCUUUAAAAACUCAAUUACCCUCAAAAUCGGAUAAUAAUCAGGCUCGAAAGAAAUCUGAUGGUUUAUCGCCUGAUAAUUCUCAAAGACAAUCACAGCAGGGCUCUUAUCUUUGUCCAUCUGAUAUUGGUCAAAAUGUUCAAUCUAGAUCUCGUUCAUCUUCUAUGUCUUCGGUGGAUAUUAUUAGUGAACCAUCUUCUCCCCCAAUUACACCACCAUCAAUUAGUAUAACUUAUUCUAAUGAUGAUAUUCAAAAUUAUGAAAUAAAUCCUUCUGCUAGGCAAUUUUCUACUCCUCCAUUAUCUUCUCCAAAAGUUAUUCCUUCUAAUCCUUCCUCUAGACAAUUUUCUACUCCAACUCCUCCACUAUCUUCUCCAAAAGUUAUUCCUUCUAAUCCUUCCUCUAGGCAAAUUUCUACUCCAACUCCUCCAAUAUCUUCUCCAAAUGUUUCUCCUUCUAAUCCCUCCUCUAGGCAAAUUUUUACCCCAACUCCUCCAAUAUCUUCUCCAAAUGUUUCUCCUUCUAAUCCCUCCUCUAGGCAAAUUUUUACCCCCACUCCUCCACUAUCUUCAAAUGUUUCUCCUUCUAAUUCCUCCCCUAGGCAAAUUUUCACCCCCGCUCCUCCACAAUCUUCAAAUGUUUCUCCUUCUAAUCCUUAUAUGCAAUCUUCUUAUAAUUCUCCUCCAAAAAUUAUUCCUCAUAAUCCUUCUUCUAGGCAAUUUUCUUCUCCCACUCCUCCACUAUCUUCUCCAAAAACUGUUCCUUCUAACCCUUCUUAUAGGCAAUUUUCUUCUCCCAAUUCCCCACCAUCUUCUCCGUCUUCUCCAAGAAUGGUUCCUUCUAAUUCUAAUCAUUCUGCCAGACAAUAUACUUCUCCAUUAUCUUCUCCAAGAAAUGUUCCUUCUAGUCCUUUAUCUUCUCCAAAAGCCAAUCCUUCUGCUAGACAAUUUCCUACUUCUAAUUCUCCUUUAUCUUCGCCAAGUAUUGGUCCUCCUAGUCCUUCUUAUAGGCAAUUCUCUUCUCCUACUCCUCCAUUAUCUUCUCCGAAAGUUGUACCCCAAAUUUUAGUCGAUAAUGGUGAAUUAGAAAUUGACUUCACAAAGCGUCCAAUGGCACCUUUCAUGUAUGAAAAUGGCAAUGAUAGUGGUACUAAUGACAGUGAAGAUCUUAGUUCAGAUGAAGAUGAAUAUGAUGUUAAAUCUUUAAAAAACGGUGAACCUAAGAAAAGAUCUAAUAGUCCUAAGAAAGAAAAGGUUAUUGCCGUUGAUAAUUAUGGCUUUGUCCAUAAGGUUGCUGAAAAUGAAAUUCCUGAAG